AUGAUAAAACCUUCACAUUUAAGUACAAAAACAACGAUAUCAUCUGUACUUGGUAAUAAUUAUACAGAACCGGCUAAUGAAGAAGAAAAACAAUUAAGAAAUGGUGGAGUUCUACAUGAUGUCGGUAGAAUGUAUGAAAGAUCACAUGAUAUUUAUGAUAAAUUAAUGAGUUAUGAAUAUUCAUCAGAUGAAGAAUUUCAAAAAGAAAAUCAUCAAAUAACAUUUAGUUCAUUUUGUGAAAAAGUUAGACGAAAAAAAGAUUUACCAACACCACUUUUUGCUGUAUUUGCCAAUGCAAGACAGAAAGUUGAAGAUCCUAUUGGACGUUAUUUUGCAGAAUCAAAUCUUUAUAAAGUUUGGUCAUUUUUGACUUUACCAAUUACAUUACCAAUUGAUCUUACAUAUACAACAAUGAAAAGAAUAUUUGGAAAAAUUCUUCCCUCGUCUUCAUUUAAUCAAUCAUCAAAUCGUGCAAUGAAUUUUUUCUGGUCAUUUUUUAGUGAUAAUGAUGAUUAUUAUUGUUAUCAUGUUAAUGAUUGUGAAUGUACAGAAAGUCGUAUAUCAUCAAACAAAUAUAAUCUUCAUUAUUCUUAUGCUCGAGCAUAUCAACGUCAAAUAAGUGCACCAACAAGUUCACGGACUUCAUCAUCGAAUGAAUCAAAUGAUGAAGAUUUUUUAACAGUAAAUAAUCAUAAUAUAGAACAAUUAAAUCAAUCAACAAUGAAUAAAGAUUAUUGUCAUUAUUUGCAGCAAAUGGCUGAAUUAUCAAGUCAACAAAAAUUUAAUGAAAAAUUUAUAAAAUUUUUUAGUGAUGAUCAUCAUUUAACAAAACAUCAAACUCAUAAAAUGCCAGCAACAUCGCUUGGAAGAACACUUUUAUUUACUUAA